AUGGACCACCAGCUGUUCGACGACCCCUUCGGGAGCAGCGGCAUCUCGUCGCUGGAGGCGGACAUCUUCUCCGCCGGCGGCGCCGGUCAGCUGCCGUCGCCGUCGCCGCCGUGGCCGGACCUCGACCUCGAUGACGACUACGACAUCCACGACCUCUCCGCGCCGGCCGCCAACGCCGCCACCUCCUCGGGCGGCGGCUACGGCUCCGGUCGCUCCGGCAGCCACAGGAAGCUCAGCCACAACGCGUACGAGCGCGACCGCCGGAAGCAGCUCAACGAACUCUACUCCUCGCUCCACUCCCUCCUCCCGGAUGCUGACCACACUAAGAAGCUGAGCAUCCCCACCACCGUGUCCCGAGUUCUCAAGUACAUCCCGGAGCUGCAGAAGCAGGUGGACAACCUGGAGAGGAGGAAGAAGGAGCUGACCAACGCCAACUGCAAGCCGGGAGUUUUGAACAACAAAGAGAUCGUAACUCCCAUUGUUUCUGCUACUUGCCUUAACGACACGGAGAUCAUGGUUCAGGUCAGCCUGCACAGCAAUGUGGCCGCCACAGCUCUCCCUCUCUCCAAGUGCAUAAAGGUGCUGGAGAACGAAGGCCUUCACCUCGUCAGCUCAUCAACCUACUCCACCUUCGAGAACAAGACAUUCUAUAGCCUCCACCUUCAGGUGCAUGACAUCUUCGACCUCUCUUGA